GUUUAUGAAGCCAGUCGCGGUGCAGAGCUCAGUCUUGCUGCGGACUGCAACUGGAUUUCCCGAAUCGACACGAAGCUGACAAACAUCAAGUUGCCCUGGGAGCCGGUGGCACCCGAUCUGCCCAGCUCGCAGAUGAGCUUGUGGAAGGAGUCUCCACCGAACUCGAAGAGCUACCAACUCCAGUUUGCAUGCCGCUAUUCCGCCUCCAUCUCCUGUGUGGCUUUGGUCACCGGCGGUGAGGAGGGAGGUUGCUGCCUGUGUGGCCUGAGUGACGGUGCUGUCGGCUUUCAGAAGAUGUGCGCGCCGAGCGGUGUUUCUCGCGGGGCUACCCUGCCCUUGCUGAAGCACACAGCCGCCGUCUCUGCGUUGGCCGUGGACGAGCGAGUGCAAUGGCUGUUCUCGGCAAGUAAAGACAACGCCCUGAAGGUCUACGACCUGGUGAGGCAGAUGAUGCAGUGCGAGACGCAGUCGCCGAGCCCCACCACAUCGAUGCAUUUCGAAGAGGCGCAGCAGAGGCUCUUCACAGGCCUGCAGAGCGGUCAGAUCGCGGUGUGGGACACGUCCGUCCUGCCUCUGACGCUGCUUUGCAGCGUUCCUGAUGGUUCGACGGCUGUCUCAAGGGUCAGCGGCAUGGAUUACGAGGCUUCCACGGGAACGCAAGAUGCCACAGAUGCUUCGGCGCCGCAACUUUCACAGCUCGAGGCUUUUGGUUGUAGGUCGUCAGCGGCCCUUGAAAGCCUUGCCUAG